AUGAUAACUUCAGUUUCAUGGAUUCCGAAAGGGUCUCUAAAAGCCGUUCCUGAUGUUGCUGAACCUCCUUCAAAGGAAGAGAUCAGAGAGCUCAUCGAGAGUGGAGCUUUCUCCAGAAGUGUGGACGACGGAAGUAACGAGGAUGAGGAAGAGAUCGGAGAAGAUGGAGACGAGGUUAGUGAAGUUGAUCGUGCAAAGGCUGUAGCUGAAGCUUUUGGCAAAUCUUCCAAAAGCAAGAAUGCUUCCUCCUUGUCGAUGGAGGUUGAUGAUGUAGCUGAUGGCUUGAAAGAGCUCGACAUGGAUAAUUACGACGAAGAGGAUGAUGGAGUCGAACUUUUCAGCUCUGGGCUUGGUGAUCUUUAUUAUCCAAGUAACGAGAUGGAUCCAUAUCUGAAGAAUGCUGCUGAUGAUGAGGACGAUGAUGAUGAGGACAUUGAUGAUACGACAAUCAAGCCAACCGAUUCGGUGAUUAUCUGUGCUCGGAAUGAAGAUGAAGUGAGCCAUCUCGAGGUUUAUGUGUACGAGGAAUCAAAUGGCUCACCAAACAUGUAUGUUCAUCAUCACAUAAUUAUACCGGAGUUUCCUUUGUGUACUGCGUGGAUGGAUUGUCCUCUUAAAGGAGGAGAAAAAGGGAAUUUCGUAGCUAUUGGUUCAAAGGACACACCGACAAUAGAGAUAUGGGAUCUUGACGUUAGGGACGAGGUGUUACCUUGUGUACAACUUGGAGGAAUAGACGAGACGAAGAUAAGGAAGAAGAAGAAGAGUAAGAAAGAGAAGAUCAAGAAGAAGCAGAUAUACAAAGAAGGUAGCCACACUGAUUCAGUACUUGGUCUUGCUUGGAACAAGGAGUUUCGGAAUAUACUUGCUAGUGGUAGUGCCGACAAAAAAGUGAAGGUUUGGGAUGUAGCUACUGGAACAUGUAAGAUUACUAUGGAGCAUCACACAAAAGAGGUUCAAGCUGUUGCUUGGAACCAUUAUGCUCCAGAAGUGCUUCUCAGUGGAUCGUUUGAUCAAACUGUUGUAUUGAAAGACGGAAGACAACCUUCACACUCGGGUUUCACAUGGUCUGUCAAGUCUGAUGUCGAAAGCUUAGCCUGGGAUCCCCACUGUGAACACUCCUUUGUGGUAAGUCUCGAGGAUGGAACUGUGAAAGGUUUAGACAUACGUGCCGCACAGUCAGGUUCAGAUUCUGAGUUGAGACCAAGCUUCACUAUCCAAGCACAUGACCAAGACAAAGGAGUCUCCUCCAUCUCAUACAACUUGUCUGCACCCAAUCUUUUGGCUACUGGGUCCAUGGAUAAAACGGUCAAACUUUGGGAUCUUUCAAACAAUGAGCCUUCAUGCAUUGCUUCACACAAACCAAAAGCUGGAGCUGUCUUCUCCAUUGCCUUCUCAGGGGACAACCCUUUCUUGCUUGCUAUUGGUGGUUCAAAGGGAGAGCUACAUGUUUGGGAUACGCUAUUGGACACUAAUGUCGCUCAUAAAUAUGGGAGCAAUCGAUCUUGA